CCUCUGUAUUGCCGGACAGAUUUCAGCGACGCACAAGGAAGAAGGUGAAAAAUGUUUACAAACAGAAAGUUGCGGACGUCCACAGAAAAUAAUUAAAUAAAUUAGUUGUUUUGCGCCGAAAUUGCCUGUUAGCCAGUAGAGGUACAGUAAGUGUGUGCAUAUGGAAAGUGGACAAUGAUUGUGUUGUGGAGCCUGUAAAAGGUCAUCAUUUAACAUGGCAGAUGAGGUGGGCAAACUGCCACUCCGACGUCUGGAGCCCCCCAUCCAGAAAUUCAUCAAAGUCGUGAUUCCCACUGAUCUGGAGCGCCUCCAUCAGCACCAGCACAACAUAGAAAAGUUCCAGAGAAGUGGCAAGUGGGACAGACUGCACCAGGAGCAUAUCAACGCCAGCCGGACUGUUCAGCAAUUGCGCUCUAACCUGAAGGAGAUGGAGAAGUUAUGUGGGCGUGUCCACAGCACAGACGCCCCAGCGCUGGAGAAGCUUGUCCAGCCAAUCAGAGAGCGUGCCUCAGCUGCUGCUCAGAACUUCCUUCGCCUUCACUCCGACUCGAUCAGUCAUUUAGGGCCAUGCCCACAGCAGCCAGUCACUACUGAAGUGCACAGUGCCUCCAAUACUGCUUACAGUGAUCCAGAUGUGGGUAGGGCUGAGUCGCCGGUUACGCAAGCUCAACUUUUUCUACCUGCAAUCCCACCUGAACAAAAUGCUGCAGAGUCUUGGGACUCUUUGGAGGGGGAUCUAUUGGAGUUGAAUGGUUUAGUGAAUGAAUUCUCCUGUCUUGUGCAUGCUCAGCAGGAGAAGAUUGACAGCAUCGAGGCGAACGUUAGCGUAGCGGCAGCUAACGUGGAGGAGGGGACACAGAGCCUGGGGAAGGCGGCACGCUCAAGCCUGGCAGUGUUACCUGUAGCGGGGGCAGUGGUGGGGACUGUUUUGGCUGGUCCGUUGGGGCUUCUGGCUGGGUUUAAAGUGGCUGGGGUGGCGGCCGCUGUCGGGGGUGGUCUGCUGGGCUUUGCUGGGGGCAACCUCAUCCAGCGCAAGAAGAAAGAAAGAGUGGAGCUCCACCUUCAACAGCUCAACAACACUAAAGAUGGACAUGAACAUGUGCAAUAACACACAAACACACCUGGAGUGUGUGGAGUCGCAUACAUACACAAACUAACUGCAGCACAUUUUAACCCCUUAAACUGCACACUUCAGUUCUUCUCUUUCAUAACAACAUGAUCCUGCAUAAUCAUUUCAUAAUAGUUAGCAAAUAAUUGUAGUAGUCACUGAAUAAUAAGUCUUAAGGUUUACUUUUUUGGUGUAUUUUAUUUUCUUCUCCAAGUGCCACUUAUGCCAUUUUUGUGGUUUUAUGUACCAAAAAAAACAUUUUUGCAUGACCAUUUUCCAACUUCUCUAUAUCCCUUACAACUAAGCAGGCUGCUUUUUUCACGGUGCCUUUAAGGCUGAUAUAUGAAAAUGUCCUCUGCUCUGAUCGGCUGCCCUGUUGUUCUUCAUUCAAGAAGCAAUUCAGACUGAAACACUUCUAGCUUUAGUGCAAAUGGUUGGAGCUCAAGUGCUGUAGGUUGAAUAGGCGGAUAUAUGCAAAUGUAUUGGUUUUUCUGACAUCACGAAAAUUAUUAAUUCAAAUUGGGACAUUUUUGCAGCUUAAUUUCCAUAUGUUGACCAUAUGAACUGGAGAAUGAUCAGUACUUUUUGAAACUGUAACAGUGUUUACAUACUAUCAUACUGAACAUCAUUGUUUUUCCCAUGAUAUUGGCACUUUAAGGCUAAGGUUAAUUUAACUGUAUGAUAAUCAGUGUAGUUUAAGGGGUUAAACUGCAAAACAACCUCUACACACAUUUACACUGCAGAAAGUGGACUUGCUUUUGAUUUUUACUGCUUAUCUCUAUUAUACCGCCUUAAAUAGUCGACCGUUUUUGCGCCAAAGCAAAAACCACCGCUCGUUUCUCUUUCUGCAUCCUAACGGGUGUGUUUUAGUACCUCUGUAUUGAUGUGACUGUUGGUCAAAGCAUUUGUGCGUUUACUGUGGCCAUGGGCCACGUGAUUUAUCGGAGCACAUUUUAAACGACAGUAAACAAAGUCCACGUCUCUUUUAUUGAUCCAGCGAGCUGUGGCAGUUUGCACAGAUGCCAGGCUUUCACUGGGGUGUCUUGUGGGUCUUAGUGGGGUUAUAAGUGAUAUGUAUAAGACUGAUCGUAAGACUGGGAGUGUACACUGUAAUAUGUGUGCCUGUGCGCUUAUACGUAGGCAACACCGUAGUUUAAGUUAAAGAAAUUAUAAUAAUAUUCUGUUUUUUUUGUCAGGUAUUGUUGAGGAGGCAGAAUGGUCUCCAGUCUCCUUUCUGAUAGGACAGAUUUUCUUCUAAGCACAAAGCUACAAUAAAGGUGGUUUUUGGGGGAGGCUAUUAUUGGUUUCAUUCUUGAUCGAAUAAAUAUGCAGCAAGUGAAUCAUC